GCUGGGACGGCUGCCAUGCCCAUCAAGCGUCCAGACCACUCCUCCAAUGGCUACCCUACCAUGCGCAGGCUCCGUGUCGCGAUGUUGCAAAUCGACGCCGGCGGCCACACGCUCCCGCCCCAAAGUCAGUCACCACAGGCGAACGCGCCACGGUGGUAGAUCUAGAUCCCACGGGCGCACGGCCCCUCAACCACGGACGCGCACGCACCGGCCCGGCGACCGUGGCCCGAGACCGCGCCGCGCCGUGCGCAGGCACCACCCGACCGCACGGCCGCGACCCACCACCCCAGGAUCCGCGAACGGACGGCCACGAUGGCGUCUCCCGGGCACACCGCCUCCAGAGUUCCAGACUCCUUCCUGCCUGGACCCCGCUCCCACGUGCCCCCUCUCCUCUUUUUAAGACCGCGGUCAGGCCGGCCACCGUCCCAUCCCACCACCACCUUCCUCCUCUGCCCCCGCCCAGCUCGUUCCAUUUUGAAGAAGCAAGAAACAGCAGCGCGCACAUCUCGCUGCUCGACGUCGUCGGAGGAAGAGGCGAGGGUGAUGGAGCGGCGGAGGGCUGCAUGGGCCGCGGUGCUGGUGGCGGUGGCCGCGUGCGCGGCGCUGCCGGCGAAGACGACGGCGAACAAGAUCAAAGUCAACUGGUUGCCCAACACCAACUACUCCGGCUGGGAGCAGGAGCACGGGCCCUUCUACAAGGGCGACUGGCUCGUGUUCUACUACACGGCGGGGCAGGCGGACGUGGUGGAGGUGAACGAGUCCGGGUACAACCGGUGCGACGCCAGCAACGCCAUCUACAACUACAGCAAGGGCCGCAGCUUCGCCUUCGAGCUCAACGAGACCAAGACCUACUACUUCAUCUGCAGCUUCGGCUACUGCCCCGGCGGGAUGCGCCUGGCCAUCAAGUCCCAGAAGCUGCCGCCGCCGUCGCCGCCGCCCUCCGCGCAGCACCACCGCUCCGCCGCGCUCGCCGGCCCGCGCGCCGGGGUCGCCCUCUACGCCGCCGUCGCCGUCCUCGCCGCGCUCCUCAGGGCGGUCUAGCCUAGCCGAUCUGGUCUGGUUUCCGAGUUCGUUUGUUUGAUGGAUUGUUUGGAGUUUCCCCAUUUCUUCAUUUCUUUGGUGUGUGUUCCUAAUCCUAGGCUAGGAGAGUGGUAGUGCCACGGGCAUUCUUGGUUGACUAGCGGUGUGGAUUUGCGGAACCAAAUGGUUACCGGCGGAUUGAUUUAUCAAGUGUGAAGAGUGCACUGGACUGGAGAGAAAGAAACUGUUUCUACGCUACUGAUUAGUUUAAAUCUAUGUUCA